AUGGAGCUCCAGCAGCUGUCAGAUACUCGAUGGGCUUGCAGGGAAAAAGCACUGAAGGCACUUCAGAGAAAUUUGAAAGCCAUUUUGAUGCUUCUUGAUGACAUCAGUGACAGUGACCCACCUAACCUGGCCCAAGGUGAUGCUCAGAUGUACAGAAAUGCCAUUAAUUUUAUGUUCAUUCUCUGCAUGGAAAUCACCACACCAGUAUUCGAAGUCACUGCUUUGGCAUCAGAUUCUCUGCAGGAAGAAGGGUUGGACCAUUCCACUGCCUACAAGGUAAUUGAUGGUGUGCUUCACACAUUGCAAACCAUGAGGUCUGAGGAGAAAUUUGGAGAGAUAUUUAGAUGUGCAUCAGAGAAGGCAGAGAGUUUCAACAUUCCAGUACCUACCGUGGUGCCUGGUCAGGAGAGAAAGCGGAAAGUUCCAGUGCGUUUCCAACACAGCACCACAGUGUCUCAAGUAGGUGCUCAGUUUGAGUCAGUGGAGGCAUAUUUCAGGAGUGGUGUAUAUUUCACCUUUCUGGACAUCAUGACUGGGGAACUGAACAGGAGGUUCAAAGGGGACAAUACUGGAAGCCCAACGGCCAGAAUCAUUCAGUCCUUCCAGCCCUUAACUGUGCAUGCUAACUGGGUAGGCCCACCAAACCCAGAAGCCAUUGAAGCUGUCCACAUCCUCUGUGAAUUCUAUGGAGAAGAUGAGGACCAGCUCAAAACAGAAUUAAAGGUCUUCCACUCCAGCUUUAGUUCAAAAGACCUCAGAGAAAUAUUUCUGAUACUGAGGGAAAACAAUGGCCAGCUGAUCUUUCCUGCCUUUGUCAAAAUGAUUCAGAUCUACGCAACACUACCAGUGACAACUGCGACAGUUGAAAGAUCCUUUUCAAAGCUAAAAAUAAUCAAAAAUAAACUAAGAAGUUUAUGUGGAGAAGAAAGGUUGUCUGAUCUCCUCUUGUUGGCCAUUGAGAAAGAUGUGGAGAUCAAUUACAACGAGGUCAUCAACAUCUACAAAGACAUGGCACCAAGAAGGAUGCUUCUUUAG